AUGGCCACAAUUCACGAUCUUCCUUACGAAACCCUCAUCCAUAUAUUUCUCCAAAACACUUUCUACAGCGUCGAAGCCCCCUUCAGCCCAUACAGAACAACAUUUGCCACAUCUCAUGUCUGCCGUCGGUGGCGCGAGAUCGCAGUCGAUAAUCCCCAGCUAUGGACGAACUGCGCCGCCUCCUGCCCCUUUCCAAGCCACGAGCUCUGUUCAGAGCUAAUCAAGCGAUGUGUCCACGGCCCCAUACAGAUGAUCGCCUUUCCGGUGAUCUUCGAGGAUAUGUACCUCGGAGACCAUGUUAAGGUUACGACCCCGACCCUCAGCCACACUCGUAACGGCACGGUCAUACUUCACAACACCUCGAUCCCUCCGAUGUGCUACGGCUCGAGGACUGUCUUAACAACACUCAUCCCCCACCUUAUACCCCAGACGAAGACUGUCUUACUGAACAUCCAAGCCUCGCAAGCAAAACGCAUGCGUGCUUUAUUCCGCGUCGACGUAUCACACUUGAAAGACUUGUCCGUCGGCGUCCGGCACCGCCCUCAGCAGCAGCGUCUUCAUUAUACACUCCGAACCCACCCGGAGCUCUGCAAGUCGCUCGACCGCCAGAUCUCGUCGGCUGUAGUGCCGUGGCAGUUGCGGUCUCUCGACCUGCGUGGCUGUGGGGUCCAAUUCGCCAAUUUGAAUGCCCUCGUCAAUCUUGAAGUCCUCGCCCUCCACAACUUGCCACGCAAGAGCAAGUUGACCCCAGUCGAGUGGCUACAUACGGCGAGUCGCCUCCCGCGGCUCAAGAGGCUCGAGUUGGUGCGUGUUACGCGCCGGCUAAUUGGCAAUAGGAUCCCUCGGGUCGGACAGGAAAUCGAGUUGAAGAACGUCGAGCACUUCACCCUGGUGGGGCCUCUUGCUCAAGUCGGGCAAAUGCUCGCAUGGGUCAUACUCCCGGCCCAGUGUGCCGUCAAGGUCAGCUGCGAGGCAGCCGAUGACAUCAACCAAUUUCCCAACGUUGUUCGGGCACUGGGAGACCUUUGGUUUGCUGAUGGUAUGGUGAGAGGGGAUGUUGGGAUGGGACCCCGCAUUGCGAUCGAGGUUCGAGAGGGCGCUCUCAGGAUCAAGACCUUGCCCCCGACAGAGGAUGACGACGACCAGGAGACAUCGGAUUUCUUCGUCGAGUUCCUGUGGGUUACAGACCCGCGAUUGAGGGUGCAUAGUCGACGUCGACUUCCCGGUGGGCGGCCGACGGUUGGCCCAUACGACCUUCUGUGGUUCACCUGCCGGUAUAUGGGCACUGCAUUCCGACAUGCGGCCGACAUUACUAUCCACAGCCUGCUCCCUCCUCCUGGCGCCGGCCACGAAAAGCUGCUAACAACGUUGCUGAAGCCAUUCAGCAAAGUGGAACGCAUAACUGUCCUUGGAAAUGCAAGCGUGGGGCUAUUGGGCCCAUUUUUCCUUUGUCCGUCGAAGUUCGUCGUCACAACUUCGCCAACAUUGGAGGUGGUCGUCGUUGCUGGUGCGCUCAACCAAUACAUCGAUGUGGACAUUCAGAAUAUUACCAGCAAUCCACAACUGGGAAGGGAAUGGACCUCCUUCUUGCUUCCUUUACUUCCUUUGCUCCCUUCCAAGUGCAUGGAUGAUUUGUGUAAAUCCUUAUCUGUUCUUGGACUGCACUAG